CACAACCAUUUGAACCAUUUGAACAUAAUUUUACUGUAACACUCUUGAGAUGUUGCGUUACACUGGUUUUGUACGGACAUGCAUAUAUAGUUUAACAGGAAUGUGUACAUCACGGUUCCUAAUGUUAAAGUGUUUAUUAUGCAUUGGUUUACUUAUGAGUUAUCUUAAAACAUGUACCAUAUAACCUAUAAUUAGCUUUAGUAUAAGACAUGAACACUCGGUUCCUCAAAAGUUCUAAGCACAACAAAUUUCUAGAUGCAGGGAUUCCUGCUGCUAUUUAGGUCUCCGUGCAAUAACGUGGCAUUUCUAUAAAUGUAAUUAAAGUCCUCUGAUAUGAUUUUCAAGAGUCGUGUGUUGUGCGCUUUCUGUUACAACAUUUAAUCUUUUCUUUGUAGUUUUCCUAUAGCUCAACUCUGCAGUAGCGUAUACAUUGUCGAAUCCAAAAUUAUGACUUAUAAUACCAUUUAUUGUGUACAAUAGUCCCUAAAUUUUUCCGUCCAUAUACGUUCAGUCCGUUUAGGCAGAAUUAAUAUACACUAGUGAUUGGAUCUUCAAGGCACUGUAAAUCCCAAAAGUUGUUAUAGGCCACCUGUUUUUUAUUCCUACUACUCAAGACUUCCCUUCUGUCCUUUUUAAGUUCUACUGUGAAUGGACUUACCUGCUGUAUUCAAGUCUACUUUAGAGCUUCCUGUUGCUGGAUUUACGGUCACUGUUGUACAGAUAGAGUUUUCUGACCACUUAAUGGUACUUAUUUCACGCAACGGAAUGAUUGGGGAUAUUGUAAAUCACGUAUUUGAUAAAAUAUCCUUUCAGGUAUUGUCCCAAAAAAGCAAUCUACCGACAGUAAAUGGUCAUGUUUCUCAUGAUCUUGAUACUCGGACCCUGUUUGGUCCUGACAAAUUGAAUACUUGUCUUAUCACAAGGCUGAUCACUAGGAUCUUGGAUACUUCAAAAACAAUACUUGUUAGUACUGAUUUCAAAGAAGACAUUUGUUUUAGUGAUACUCAACUAAUUUGUGAUGUCUUAAAAAAUAUAAGAUCGACAUAACAU